AUGGGCCGCCGGGGCCUCCAGGACCAGCUGGAUACAAGGGGCAACCUGGUAUGGUUGGAGAGCCAGGAAUUCAUGGUGAAAGCGGACAACGAGGCCCGAUCGGGCCAACCGGUCAAGUUGGACAGGCUGGUGUACCUGGGCCCCCUGGGCCUCCUGGACGGCCCGGACAAUCUGGACAGACGAUCGAACGGGAUGGACCGCCUGGAGAACCUGGACUUCCAGGCCCACCUGGACCCAGAGGACCACCCGGCCCCGAAGGUCUCCCCGGGACUUCGCGGAGAAACUGGCACCUGCACUCAUUGCGCUCCUCCCCGGACAGCUCCUGGCUAU